GGCCGGACAGGGGCUUUGAGCCCGGGUUGGGUUGGGUUGGGGGGGGGUCAGUCAGUCAGUGCUCCUGAUCGGGACAAACUCCUAAAUUAAGUCACCUUCAGGAGAGGUGGACAGAGAAGGAAGGAGGGAGGGAGGGAGAGAGCGAGGCUGGGGGGGUGGGGGCUGUUACCCCUGGAGAGGGGUACGCAGGCUGGGGUAGUGCUGACCCGGGGGCUGCAGAGGACAGUUUAACCCGAGACAGAGGUAAACUGCAAGUCACUUCACAGAGCCAAGAGAAACCGUCUGGGACCGUCUCUCCCGAGAGCUCUCGGGAACGCGAGGAGUUCACCUUGAGAGAACUUGAGAUUGAGACAGAGCGAAGGAGAAAGGGGGGAGAGAAAAACCAGGACGGACCAGCAUUCAAAGCAAAACCUUGCACACCACCACCCUCGGAGGGGAAGAGGAUAACCUGCUUACUCUGUGGCUGACUCUUUUUUUUGGUUGGGAAAAAAAAUUAGGGGAACGAAUCCUACCAGAAGUUCUGACAAUAAUUCUCACCCUCUUUGAAAGGAUCUUUCGUGAAGGCAAUGAACUAACCAUUCACUGUGUGUGUGUGUGUGUGUGUCUCCCCCCCCGAGAGAAGGAAGAAUCAACUUUGUUUGAAAGGAAAACACUUCUCAGAACUUCUCUGACUAAGGGAAAUUACAGACCUGUAGGGCAAAAUCUCCCACCAGAAGAAUGCCAGUCCGAAAGCAAGAUGCUCAGCGAGCUCUGCAGCUCCUGGAGGAUUACCGUACCAAACUCGGCAAGACCGAGGACCGCCAGCUCCGCAUAUCUAUCGAGAGGGUUAUCAAUAUUUUCCAGAGCAACCUCUUCCAGGCUUUAAUAGAUAUUCAGGAGUUUUACGAGGUGUCAUUACUAGACAAUCAACCAGUUCUUACUCAAAAGACAACCGGCAUUGUCCCAGCAGUUCGUAACUGGGAUAUUUCCAGUCUUCCGAGCACAACAGUCACAUCGGACGCUCUUACCAGCAGCGUUAGCCCUAGUAUAGAGAAAUAUCGCUACCAAGAUGAAGACACACCUCCACAAGAGCCUGGGUCUCCACAACUCAGUGAUGAGGUGACGGCUCCAGAGCUGGUCCACGUGUCUGAGAAGAACCUCUCCCAGAUUGAGAAUGUCCAUGGUUUUGUGUCUCAGGCACAUAUAUCUCCAAUGAAGCAGAUAGAGGCUCCUCCUUCCUCUACUCCUGUUAUCCCUGUGAUCCCUGUUAUGCCCGUCCCUGCUGAUGCCAGUGUCUUCUCGUCUGACAGUCAACAGGCCAAUCCACCCCCAGUCGUAGUGAAUGCCGAUUCCUUGGAGUCUCAGCCUUAUGUAAAUGGCACAGAUGUGGAUUAUGAAUAUGAAGAAAUCACGCUUGAAAGGGGAAAUUCUGGCCUUGGUUUCAGCAUCGCGGGUGGGACCGAUAAUCCCCACAUUGGCGAUGAUCCGAGCAUAUUCAUCACGAAAAUCAUUGCAGGAGGUGCAGCUGCACAGGAUGGAAGACUGCGAGUUAAUGACUGCAUCCUGAGGGUAAAUGAGGUGGAUGUACGGGAAGUAACGCACAGCAAAGCAGUAGAAGCUCUGAAAGAGGCCGGAUGGGUCGUGAGGCUCUAUGUGCGGAGAAGAAAACCAAUCACAGAAAAAAUCUUAGAAAUAAAACUCGUCAAAGGACCAAAAGGUCUGGGGUUCAGCAUAGCUGGAGGUGUUGGAAACCAACACAUUCCAGGAGAUAACAGCAUCUAUGUAACCAAAAUUAUAGAAGGAGGAGCAGCGCACAAAGAUGGUCGUCUCCAGAUAGGGGACAAGAUUCUGGCAGUGAAUGCUGCCAAUCUGGAUGAAGUUACCCACGAAGAUGCGGUGACAGCUUUGAAAAACACAGCGGAGGUGGUGUACUUGAAGGUCGCUAAGCCAACCAGCAUGUACAUGAAUGAUGGAUAUGCCCCUCCAGAUAUCACCAACUCCUAUUCCCAAAUGGAAAACCAUAUCACGCCGUCCAACUACUUAGGAAACUCAGAAUAUAAACAAACACUUCCUCCAUCAUCGCCGGGCAGAUACUCACCGAUUACUAAACUCAUGGGCGAUGAUGAAAUGACACGGGAGCCCAGAAAGGUGGUGCUGCAUCGCGGAUCAACAGGACUGGGCUUCAACAUUGUAGGUGGUGAAGAUGGAGAAGGCAUCUUUAUUUCAUUCAUUCUUGCAGGUGGCCCGGCCGAUCUGAGCGGUGAAUUAAGAAAAGGGGAUCGGAUUAUUUCGGUGAAUGGCAUUGACCUGCGGGGUGCCACCCACGAGCAGGCUGCAGCAGCGCUCAAGAAUGCUGGCCAAGCCGUGACCAUUGCUGCCCAAUACAGACCAGAAGAAUACAGCAGAUUUGAAGCUAAAAUCCAUGACCUGCGGGAACAGAUGAUGAACAGCAGCAUCAGUUCCGGAUCAGGGUCUCUGCGCACCAGUCAAAAGCGAUCCCUUUACGUCAGAGCCCUGUUUGAUUACGACAAGACCAAAGACAGCGGCCUCCCGAGCCAGGGACUGAACUUCAAGUUUGGAGACAUCCUGCAUGUGAUCAAUGCUUCGGAUGACGAAUGGUGGCAAGCCCGCCAGGUCACGCCAGAUGGAGAGAGCGAAGAAAUCGGAGUCAUCCCAAGCAAGAGGAGAGUUGAAAAGAAAGAACGCGCGAGGUUAAAGACCGUGAAAUUCAAUUCAAAAUCCAGAGGCGAUAAAGGGCAGUCAUUCAAUGACAAGCGUAAAAAGAACAUCUUUUCCCGAAAAUUCCCCUUCUACAAGAACAAGGAGCAGAGUGAGCAGGAAACCAGUGAUCUUGAACAGCAUGUAACCUCUAAUGCCAGCGAUAGUGAGAGUAGUUACCAAAUCAUGAUUACAGAUGAGUAUGGUGAAACAAGAGGUGGCCAGGAAGAUUACGUUCUCUCUUAUGAGCCUGUCGGCCAACAGGAAGUGCGAUACACCCGUCCUGUUAUAAUUCUGGGGCCCAUGAAGGACCGAAUCAAUGAUGAUCUGAUCUCGGAGUUUCCAGACAAGUUUGGAUCCUGUGUUCCUCACACAACUCGACCAAAGCGCGAUUAUGAAGUUGACGGCCGGGACUAUCAUUUUGUUACGUCCCGAGAACAAAUGGAAAAGGACAUUCAGGAUCACAAAUUUAUUGAAGCAGGUCAAUACAACAACCAUCUGUAUGGUACCAGUGUGCAGUCUGUGCGAGAGGUGGCAGAGAAGGGGAAACACUGUAUUCUGGAUGUGUCAGGAAAUGCUAUCAAGAGACUUCAAAUAGCCCAGCUCCACCCAAUCGCCAUCUUCAUCAAACCAAAAUCAGUGGAAAAUAUCAUAGAAAUGAAUAAACGUCUGACAGAAGAUCAGGCAAAGAAGACUUUUGAGAGAGCCAUGAAACUUGAGUUGGAGUUUACAGAGCAUUUUACAGGGAUUGUCCAGGGAGACGUGCUGGAAGAGAUUUAUAAUCAGGUGAAGCAGAUCAUUGAGGAGCAGUCAGGCCCCUAUAUCUGGGUCGCGACCAAGGAAAAACUGUGAAGCCUUUUCAUAAUCAACAUCGCCCAUUGAGUGUGACGGCUCUGGACCGUUCUGCAGGAGUCAUCGCAUCCUGCUUUGUUCGCAGAUCUCUCUGUCUCUCUGUUUCUCAUGAAAAGUGAUGUAUCUUGCACUGGGGACGCUUGUGUCUCCUGUUUGUGAAAAUUGCUUGUAUGUGAUACCCAACAAAAUUACCACCGUUUUAUUUUGAAUGAAGGGGAAAGGCCUGACUAGCUGUUGAAGGGAGAUUCUAUGGUACAGUUCCUUAAUGUUUAAGGGCAACAACUCUUCAGUGAUUUUCAGAGAAGCUUUAUAUAUAUAUAUUUUUCUUUUAAAGAAAAUACUACUUAAAGGAAGGAACAACAAACACUCAGAGCUCUUUUGCACGUUGAUCUAUGGAAACAUGGUUUUGGCAGAAGGGAUGUCUACCACAGCAUCUUGGGUUAUAUGUAACGUUUUACUUUCAUCUGCUUUAGUGACCUCAUAUAUGUUGAACAAACUAGAAAAUCAUCAGCCUUUAAUGUACAGAAGGAGUUUGAUGUUCACUUUACGAAGGGGCUUCACAGACAAUGCUUUCAUCCUUUCCUUCUGCCAAGUUGAAGUGCACGAAAUGUAAACCUGUUUAUAUUGAAUGCCGAUCAGGGGCACUGAAAUCUUCCUUCCACUCUUGUAGAGGAAUAACUUUUAUGAAUUUGGUUAUGGGGGGUGGGCAAAGAGGUGGAUAUAAUGACUAUUUUGCGUGCUUGGGAUAGUCCUAUUUUAAAUAAUAGCUGACAUUUCAAUAGUAUUUUGCAAGCGUAUGUUUCUCUGAGCCGGGGGUGAUCAAUCCAUAAAGAAAUGGAAUUGGCUGAGAGGUGAAGCUAAACGCUAAUCAGCUCUUUGUAAUGGGGUGUAAGAUUUACAAUUUUAAGGUAUAUAAUUAACCCUCAGUAAUUAUGUAUUUUGAUAUAAAUUAUCAGCUAUAUUAAGCAUACAUUUAACAAAAUGCUCUAUAACUCACAAGAAAUGUUUUUAAAAUAGUUGCACACACAUUCUUUUCUUUUUAGCCAUCUUCCCCUCAGAUUUUUUCCCUUUCCUAAUACUUUAAUCAUCUUUAAAUUUACAAGUUGCACAGGGAGUGUGACGGGUUCGAACAGUGUUCAGAGAAUACAUGUUCCGAGAAGCACACUCACAACCAAGCCAGUUCUCUUAUUUCUUCCCUGUGAAUUCUGUGUGAGAUUCUUUCAAGUGAUGCUGUGCAUGUUUUCAGAACAUUAAGAGAGAUUUUAAAAGAAAAAAGAUUUUUAAAUUUUCUGUAAGUUUUGAACCAGCAAUUGCAAAGAUUGUCAUAUCUUUGGUUGUAGUUCUCACUCAGAGUUGUACAGGCUUCUGUGUCGAGAAGAUAUAUAUAUAUAUAUAUAUUUUAGCGGUUAUAGAUCUCAAACACUACAGCAUUAGAUUUAACUGCCUGAUACCUUUGCUAGUUAUUCUGAGAUUUGGUUUUAUAUAGGAAUUAUGUGCUUAUCCCUCUCGUCUUCCUGGAGCUACAGUUUGUAAAUACUGUCACCUAUAUCCAUUCCAUUUGUCAAGAGGGGAACAGCUAAUAAACUUUAAUGUACAAUUUACUACAUUGAAUUUGUUUUCUUUAACUUGUUUUAAUUUAAAAAAUCUUUGCUUAUUGAAAGUUUAUCAAACAGUCAGCGAGUUAAAACCAAGAGGUUCUGUACCGUAGCACAAUAUUGGUUGAAGACUGGGGCCUGUCUGAGAUACCUCAGUCAUGGUGGGAGGCAGUAUGGUGCCCUCAGUGGAUUUUAAUUAAACCUACCAUCAUUGCUGAGUGAUGCAGUCGACACAUAACUACAUCUUCAUUAAAAACAAAUGACAAGUU